AUGACUAAGGAGGAAGCUCAGGUCGAGACCGUCGAGGAUGUGGCCGACGACGACGACGUCGUGUCCAGUGACUCCGAUGCGGAGGAGAAUGGAGAGGCCGGCGAUGAUGAGUCGGGCCGCAGCAAGCAGAGCCGAUCGGAGAAGAAGAGCCGGAAGGCCAUGCAGAAGCUGGGCAUGAAGCCCGUGCCUGGCAUUGCCCGCGUCCAGAUCAAGAAGAGCAAGAACAUCCUGUUUGUGAUGACCAAGCCCGAUGUGUUCAAGAACCCCACCUCCGACACCUACGUCAUCUUUGGCGAGGCCAAGAUUGAGGAUCUGUCUGCCCAGGCCGCCGCCGGCGCAGCAGAGCAGUUCAGGAUGGCGGAGGCCAUGGCGAGCCGGAAUGAGGGCGGCGCCGCCAGCGCCAAGCCCGCCGAGCCGGAGGCGGAGGAGGAGGGCGAGGAGGUGGAUGAGUCUGGCGUGGAGGCCAAGGACAUCGAGCUGGUCAUGACCCAGGCGAGCGUGUCUCGUAGCAAGGCGGUGAAGGCGCUCCGGGCGGCAGACAACGACAUCGUGACUGCCAUCAUGGAGUUGACCAUGUGA